AUGCCCAGUCGUACCUUUAUACUUUUGUCUAUAGAUAAAUUCCUUUGCCCAUUCUUUCAUUCUUUCAUUUAUUCAUUCGUUUAUUUAUUCUUCUAUUCAUUCAGUCAAUUAUUCUUUCAUCUAUAUAUUCAUUCCUUAUUUUGCUCAUUUAUUCUUCCCGCCUAUUCAUUCAAUUGUUCGACCAUUCUUUUCUUUCUAUUUUCCUUCCUUUAUUCACUCGUGUAUUCAUUCAUUUGUUCGUUCCUUUAUUUAUUCUUACUUUCAUUUAUUCUUUAUAUAUUCAUUCUUUCGUUGAGUUUUUCGUCUAUUCUUUCAUUCGUUUCUUUAGUCAUUCUUUCAUUCCGUUCAUUCUUUUGUCUAUUUAUUAUUUCGCUUGUUCAUUCAUUCCUUAAUUCAUUAAUUCUUUCGGCCAUUAUUUUCUUUAUUCUUUCCUUUAUACAUCUAGUUGUUCAUUCCUUUAUUCAUUCAUUCAUUGUACCAUUUAUUUUUUCCCUCAUUAUCUUUAUCUAG